AUUAUAUAACGCAGCUACGGGAGAUGCUCAUGACAAAUACACGUACCCAGCAAUAGUUAUACGCAACCACGCGGAGAGCUCCAAUCCACCAGCACGUCGGCGCACCGCUCCCUGCCUCCCCGCCGCGCGCAUACCCUUCGGCGAGCUUUAAGUCCAAGCUGCGUGCAGUGAGAGGGGCGGCGAGACGAGCGGCGGUGGUCGAGGAUGAGCAGGAACGGCGGCAAGGUGUCGAAGCUGGAGAGCCUGCGGCUGAGCCUGUCGCGGGCGCGGGGCGGCGGCGGCGGGCAGUCGUCGACGUCGACCACGGCAAGGCCGGUCGGCGGCGGGGGCGUGGACGGUGCCGUCAGCACGUCCCCGCGGCGGCUGUCGUCCUCGUCGUCGUCCACCGCGUCGCCGCCGAGCUCGUGCGUGUCUUCGGAGGGAAGCCCGGACGCGGCGGCCGGGGCGCCCAUGGUCCUGGCGGGCUGCCCGCGGUGCAUGAUGUACGUGAUGCUGUCCCGGGAGGACCCGCGGUGCCCCCGCUGCCACAGCGCCGUGCUGCUCGACUUCAACGACGACCAGCAGCAGCGCCGCCCGCGCCAGCGCCGGUGAAACCGCCGCCGACCUCAGCUCGUUCCUUCAUGUCGUCUCCUAGCUUCGCCAUUCCUGAUCGAGUUAAUUUUAUUGACUUCUCGGAGAGAAUUAAUUAAACAGAGAAUCGUUGGCUCGCGAGCCGAUCAAAAGAAAUUAUUUCAUAGACCUGUUCUUCCAUGCCGCGUGCACCGUCGGUCGAUGGAGUUGGGUCUAGGUAAUAAUUUCGUGUGGUUAGCGCGUCUUUUGCAAUUUUAGUAAGUACCCCCUCCGUUUUUAUUUAGUCCGCAUAUUAACUUUGAUCAAAGUCAAGUUUUGUAAAUUUUGACUAAGUUUAUAAACAAAAAUAUUAAUAUAUACAAUAACAAAUCAAUACUAUUAGAUUCAUUGUUAAAUGUACUAACACAUUAUAUAGAUUUGUUAUGGUAAAUGCUUAUAAUUUUUUCUGUAAAGUUGGUCAAACUUUAUGAAGUUUGAUUUCAGUCAAACCUAAUAUGCAGACUAAAUAAAAACGGAGGGAGUAUCUGGUGGUCUGCUGAGAAUUACUGCGCGACAGUGCAAAGAUUUAAGUAAUCCUUCUCUGUCAUGAACAUUUGAAUGGAAGUAAUGCUCCUGUCCCUUGUCCUGUCAUAUCGGCAUAAAUAUGCUGGAACAAUGUACUAGGGUGAUUGGCCAAAUGUAUAGAUGAACAUUGUGCAUUGA